GUGACGCUGUGCUGAGUCCCCUCAUUGUGUGCAGCAGCACCAUGGCAGCUAUGGGACCUGAGGACAGAGCUGGAGCAGGGCCAGGCGGAGCGGCGGCGUGCCCGUCAGGACUACAGGCCUGCACCUCUGCGUCGACACACAGCAGCAACGGGCCUGACACACAGCAGACUCUAGUGUGUGCACAGACGUGGGUUCAGGCGGAAAAAGCGUUUGUGGAGGUUGGACAUCACAAGAACGAGUCAUCAGUUCACCUGCCGCAGAUGGAAGCUGAGCGAGGCUGGAGCAACAUGGCUGCUCCAUUGCAAACUACAGGACCCACUAUGCACUUCAGCAAUGUGUCAACAGCUGGAGAGGCACAACACAGUUUCCGCAGCCCAGAGUCGGUGGAGAUGGACGAGAUCAUGGCAGCCAUGGUUCUGACCAGUCUGUCCUGCAGCCCUGUGGUCCAGAGCCCUCCGCAGACAGAUCCUGGACCAGGUGGCUCAUCAUCGUCAGCUGACAUGGAGUGUGGCGGUGGCGAGCUCUCUGACAGCGGCAGCAGCGGCUACUGGAGCUGGGACCACGGCAACGUGAGUCCCGCCCCCUCCACAUCCAUUACUGAGAUGGACAGCAGCCCGGAUGAAGGCCUACACAUGGAACUGGAGCAGGGAGAGAAGCUGAAUGCCAAAAAGCCAAAGAGCUCGCUCAGAGGUGUGUAUAAGUGUCUGUGGCCCAGCUGUGGCAAGGUGCUCACGUCUUCCGUCGGAAUAAAAAGACACAUCCGUGUGCUGCAUCUGGGCAGUGGGUCAGAUCAGUCCCAGAGAGAAGAGGACUUCUACUACACUAAGAUCUCCUGUGAAAGCGUGGAUGCCAGCUCCACUCCGGCUCCUUCCCAGCAGGCUCUGGGCCAGGCCGCAUCCUCUCAUCUCAGCUGGGCCUCCUGCGGUUCGCCUCCGGCCUCAGGGCUCCAGGUCCCCCCAGCUCACAGACCCAGGUCCAACUCCAGCUCGGGGCCCGGCCCGAACAGGCCCAGUCCGCUCAGCCAGUCGGCCCCCAGCAGCUUCUGGCAGAUCCACUCAGAGCAUCUCUAUCAGGCCUGCGGCCCCGUCCAGGUAUCUGUGGCCCCUAGAAGCCCCGGCUGCCAGGGUUGGACCCCCUCUGCCUCCGUCUCUGGUCACAAUAACACUCCAGUGGUGAAGCCUCGCUGUCGGUCCGUCAGCGUCGGGGAACAGUGGCUCCAACAGAACCGGCUACAGCCUAUGAGCGCGUCGCCGUCCCGUAAUCACUGCUCCUUCAGGAAGGGUCGCGGGGAGGCCAAAAAGUGCCGCAAGGUGUACGGAGUGGAGCGCAAGGAUCAGUGGUGCACCGCCUGCCGCUGGAAAAAAGCCUGCCAGCGCUUCCCCGACUAAAGACUGAUGGAGAGAGAGCG